AUGGUACCUUACGUGAAUGCAACCAGUUCAAGUACCGGUAACACAGAUGGUGAAGUCGAGGGGCAACAAAAACAAAAGAAGCCACCAGAACGGCGGGUAAAGAAGGCUACAACUAAAGCAACAGGCAGGUCUUUCAUGCGGAGCAGGGCGGAACAAGCAACAGACAAGUCUGAGCAGAAGAAACCUCCCGUACUAUCGCUCAAAGACGCGUUUUUGAGUCCAAUUGGGAGGAUAUCUCGCGCUGAAGCUCUAUCGCCUCCACCGUCUCCGUCUUCGGUAACAUCAUCCGAAGCUGGUGAAAACGUUGCGUCUCCUAAGGCCGUAAAAUCACGUCGGCCUUUGCUCUCAUCGAAGAGACAACUGAAACCCAGCAAAGCUGUGGAGAAUUCUCCACCGAAAGAGGACCAAGUGUCUGAAGCCAAAGAGAAUUCCUCUCAAACACCUCCUAGAACAUUUCUCAAGCGCAAACCAUAUAAAGUGGUCUUUCAAAAGCUAAAUUGGUCCAGUGUGUCGUCAAAAACGGACAGCAACUUGCCCACAAGCAACAAAAGUCACAAAAACAAUGUAGCAACUAAAACGUCGCGGCCGUCAAGUCGAGCGUCAAGUGCUUUCCUCACAACCAGCAAUAACGGAGACGCAGAUCAGGUGACUGAGUCCAUUUUCACUCCAAAACCUGCCGCUUUCAUCGAUGCAGCUACUGCGGAAAGAUUGGCAACUCUUGAAGCUGCGAUGUACAAACAGUGCGGCGUCACGCAAGAUACGGUGUCACUGGCUCGAUUUAAGUAUCAAAAGGAACGAAAACAGUUCGUGGCAACCCUCCACAGACAGACACAAAGAGGUACAGAGGCUGUAGACCAACCACCGAGCCAAGAGAGCAGCGAGAUUGAGAUUGGCACCGCGACGUCGGAAACUGCCGUGACGGAGCUUUGGAAAAAGCUUACAGGUGAUUCAUCGGGGCAGAUCUAUGCGUCCAUGUUGCGAAACCUCGCAAAACUCACGGAACCUGAUGUUGCCAUUUAA